AUGCCAUCCUACCCUUCUCUGCGGAUCCACUGCCCCUGCGCCGAGCCGGCCGACGAAGCAGACGCCUUCGAGCAGCCCGCCGACGACGCGACAAAGCUCUCGACAGACCUCUCCUCGAGCGCAGGCAACGCGCUGACGCUGCCGCCGACGCUGACGAGCCCGCUCGCGCUGCAUUUGCUCGACUCGCUUUACUUUUGUCAUUUCUGCAAGGCGCUGCGGUGUGAGCGCUGCGUGGUCGAGGAGAUCGUGCAGGCGUUUUGUCCGACGUGUUUGCAUAUCUAUCCUGACACGCGCAAGACCGCCAACGUCUACUGCACACGAAACUGUCUGCAAUGCCCGCUGUGCUUCACUGCGCUCGUGAUGUUUGCAAAGGCCGACGAUGAGAUCUAUAUGCAGUGCCCACAUUGCGCCUGGGACUCGCGGUCUUCAGGGGAAGUUGUGUUUAGAAAGACUACAUCGCUGUACACACAGCUACGGGCGCUGUCGUUGUCAUCUAGCGCUAAUGACGAUGGUUCUGUUUUUACAGCAGACGACGGCGAUGAAGAAGAAGAGGAAGAACCAGCGAAAACAUCUGGAUCAAAACCAAUAUCAGCAGCCGCCCAAUUCGACGCACUAACGGCACUCUACAGAGACAUCUACAGCACAGACUCGCCCUCCGCAUCCAUAAAAUCCUCACCCCUUCUCCCCGGCCGCUCCGUCGCCCGCAGUCUCGAAACCACCAAAUUCCUCAAAUCAUACUACAGAUCCCAGUCCCCGACCCCGUCCUCGCCCUCGCCGCGCGUGAACCCAGACACGGUCUUGAACGCGCUCGGACGCGCUGGCAGCGUGUCCCGCGAGAAAGCAGCGGCCUCGGAGAGACGCAUGCGCGAGCAACUUGUGCUUGAGCUCGAUCAGGAUGAGGAAGAGGCCGAGAUCGCGCGGAUGCAGGGGCUGAGCUCGCUGGCGCAGACGGUGUCGCUUGCGCAGCGGCGCGCGCAGCCGGUUGAAUGCGCGGCGGUGAGCACACCGAGUAGGUUGAGGCCUUUACCGACCAAGCUGCGCACGCGGCGGUCGAAGCGGUGUCGCGCCUGUAGGCACAUCCUCGUGCGGCCGGAGGUCACCUCCACGGUCAAAGGCGGCGGGGGAAGCAAGUCUGUGACAACCCCGACACUCUCGACUUCGUUCAGAAUCAGUCUGCUUUCACGAAACUACAUCCCCACGAUCCGCGCCACCCACCUAGCGGGUGCAGGAGCAGCCGCAGGAUCGUCGCCGUACAAAUCCGGCUUCGUGCCGCAUACUACGUAUACGUUUGCACUGACGGUGUUUAACCCGCUAGUCGAGCCAAUCAAGGCGACAAUGGCGUCUCCUCCGCAGACGCCGCGGGGCCGCCACAGCGUGACGCUGCUGGCGCCAAGUUUUGACGUCGGCGGGAACGCGGACGAAGAGGACUGGGAUCUACAGGCGAUUCUGGACCUGCGCAUGCGGUUCGCGGCGUACCGCACUGGCGGGGGUGGUAUGGGACCUGGGUUGGUCAGCGGCGGGGGUGUGUUUGCGCGGGGGAGAAAUUGGACUAGUGUUUUUGUCGAGGUCGUGCCGGCUGAGGCGGAGGGGGAGAUUGAGAUUCCACUGUUUGUGAGCGUGGAGUAUGAGAUUGAUGCUGAAAAGGAAGAGGGUGAGGGGAGAGGGCAGAAGGAGAAGGAGAAGCAGGAGAUGGCGUUCUGGUCUGUUUUAAAGCUUGGCAUGUGCCGAGGGAGAGCGAUUUAG